CACAUUUUUAUGUUUAUUUUCGUUUACCCGCGAAGUAGGCUCUAGAAUAAUAUCACAUAAAUGGCAUAAUGUACGAGAAAGUUUUUGUUUUUGGCACUAAAAUAUUUCAAGAGAGGAAACGCGAUGCUAUUUCUUCUUUACCGCUGGAGUUAUCUUCGAAAAUAUUCUUAUAUUUGAGCGAUGCAGCACUUCGCAUAGCAAGCCGAGUGUGCAAAAUAUGGGAGCGGAUAAUAAUGUCGAAUAGAAAUUUAAGAAGACGUCUAAAUCAUUUUGAAUUAGCUACAAAGUUUGGCUCGGAGCGACGUGCUAAGUUUUACAAGCGAAAUAGAAAAAUGUUGAAGAAGAUGCAGAAUUUUCUGCCGGUUAAUAAAUGUAGCGCUAUCUCAACUGAAACAACAGUUUUAAAAUCAAAACGAAUGGGAGAUGACUUGAUUGUAUGUACUAAGAGAUACAGACUAUAUUAAUAACAAAGUAAUUAUGAAAUUAAUAAAUAAUAUUCUGGAAUAAUCUGGAAACAUUCAUUUUUACGAAAAACCCUCAAAUAAUGACAGGUAUUCUCGCCUACGAUUUAACAAACAGUUCAGCAUCAGCGAACGUGACGCAGGGUGGUAUUGGCUACACAUAUGUGACGUUACGAAUGAAAAGUGACAGAGGGCGGGAGAUUAAAUACGAUGUUUUUAUAUAUGGAUGAUUAAUAAAUAUGUAUUUUAAA